GAAACCGUUAGGCCUUUUAGAAAAUAUUUCCAUCAUGUCUGACACUCAAGAAGCUACCGGAGAGCACUUGGAUAUGAACCUUCAUGAGAACAAGAAGCCUGUGCCCUUGAUAGAAAGUGGCAUCAGAAGUGAGUCCGAUCAUCUCCAAGUCACUAUUGGAGACACUGUACCUACUGGGUUUGAGCAAACUGCUGCAGAUGAAGUGAGAGAGAAAUUGAAGUCAUCCUGCAGAAUCAGCAAAGACCGGGACAAGAUAUAUUUUGAUAUUGCAGUGGAAAGUCUGGCUCCAGUUCAUUAUCUGAGAUCAGUGGAUAACUUGUUUGUGGUUGUUCAGGAGUUUAAAGAUUACCAGUUCAAAGCUACAAAGGAAGAAAUUCCAAGAGACUUUGAAGAAGUGGCUGGAAAGCUCCCAUGGUCGGACCCUUUAAAAGUCUGGCAAAUUAACACCACUUUCAAGAAGAAGAAAGCAAAGCGCAGAAAGGCAAAUCAGAGUGCAGGCAGAGAGAAGGCUGACUGUGGACAAGGAGACAACGCAGAUGAGAAGGACGGUAAGAAGAAGCUUGCCAGUGACAUGUCAGAUCCACAUAUCUUGGACUACUAUGAAAACACAGCCUUCAAAGAAGAGAUAUCAACCUUAAUAGGGGAAGUCUUGGCAUCUGGCAAAGAUGAAAAUGGUCAAAGCUUAAGAGAAGAAACUGAACCACAAGUGCAGAAGUUUAGAGUCACCUGCAACAGAGCAGGAGAGAAUCAUUGCUUUAUAUCCAAUGAGGCUGCCAGAGAUUUUGAAGGUGCUACUCAAGAGUACUUUAAGUGGAAGGCUGAUAUGACCAACUUUGAUGUAGAGGUUCUCCUGAACAUCCACAAUAAUGAAGUCAUUGUUGCUAUUGCACUGACAGAGGAGAGUCUCCAUCGCAGAAAUAUUACACAGUUUGGACCUACGACUCUUAGGUCAACUCUCGCCUAUGGGAUGCUCAGGCUCUGUGAACCUAAACCUAUUGAUGUAAUAGUGGAUCCAAUGUGUGGAACGGGGGCAAUACCAAUAGAGGGGGCUACUGAGUGGUCUCACUGAUACCAUAUUGCUGGGGACAACAACCCACUGGCAGUGAACAGAGCAGCAAAUAACAUCUCAUAUCUAUUGACUAAGAGCCAGAUUAUAUAUGGAAAAACAUCCUGGGGUUUGCCCAUUGAUGCUGUUCAGUGGGAUAUCUGCAACCUCCAUCUGCUAACUGCUUCUGUGGAUAUUAUUGUAACAGACAUGCCAUUUGGAAAAAGGAUGGGCUCCAAAAAGAGAAAUUAGAAUCUCUAUCCAGCUUGCCUUCGGGAAAUGAGCCGUGUCUGUAGACCAAGAACAGGUAGAGCUGUACUGCUUACUCAGGACAAGAAAUGUUUUACCAAGGCAUUAUCUGGAAUGGGACAAGUGUGGCGAAAGGUCCAUACAGUCUGGGUGAACAUCGGGGGACUUCAUGCUGCAGUUUAUCUUCUAAAACGCACUCCUCAAGACUUUGUUCAUCCUUCAGAUCAAGACGGAGGAAGAGACCCUCCUUGGUAA